GCUGCUGGACGUCCAGGCUGCAGGUCGGCUGCAGCCAUGAGUCGGCGGCGUAUUUCUAUCAAGGAUCUGGGCGUGGUGGACUGUCAGGGCUGGCUUCACCGCAGGAAGGAGAGUCGCAGGUUCCUGGGGAGCAGGUGGAAGAGAUACUGGUUCGUCCUGAAGAAGAGCUCCUUGUACUGGUACAACGACAAGAUGGAUGUGAAGGCUGAAGGAUUCAUCAACCUGUCCGGCUUCACCAUCGAGCAGGCGAAACAGUGCCGGAAGAAACACGCCAUCACAGCCAGCCACCCGCUGGUCGUCACCAUAUUCGUCGCUGCAGAAAGCUUCACAGAGAUGAACAAGUGGAUCAGUAAUCUGUCAGCGGCGGCCGAACCGUGUGGUCUGAUCAAUACUGAAGAGUGUUACAGCGAAGGCAGCGAUCAGGACGACGACGACAGCGUGUCGACUUCCUGUCCUCCAGACUCCGAACUGGAACCAGCAGAGUCUGAAGAUGGAGACGUUCUCGUUCUUCAAUCUCUCUCGCCCGCUGACUUGACGAGUGAGAACAGAGAACGAAGCCCCUCGGAGGGAACGAUAAGCAGACGCAGAGGAAGAGCGAGAAAAAGAAGUGACUCGAGCGGAGGAGAGCGGCUGUCCUGGUUGGACCUGCCGGGUCCGGACGGAGAAGCGUCCGUCCCACAGCUCCACGUCAAAGAAGAAGAGAAGAAAGUCGUCGACCAUGAGAAUCCGGCCGAUGAGAUGGAGAGUCUCUACAACCACCUGAAGGCAGCCAGCUUGUCUCCGACCGGUCAGUCCAGGAGGAAAGACUUCAGAGCGUCUUUCAUCCAACGAUGCCCGAACCACAAAGUCAACGAGAAGCUUCACCUGCUCAGGAUCCUCACCUCAACGCUAAAGGCUAAAGAACUGGAGCUGGUUGCGGUGGAGCAGAUCCUGACCGAUCCGGCUCUCACAGCGUCCGCAUACAGGAAGUGGAAACUCUCUAACUCCAUCCUGCUGGUGGAGAUCAGCCACAGAAACCAGGCGGCAGCAGGUGGCGCUGCGGAGCUACAACUUCCUGAACAUCAGAGCGGCUGAUUGAUGACUGAGGAGGAUAAAACUCACAAAGCAACAGGAGCUUUUAAAACCUGUCCGUCCAAUCUGAGACACUAAAACUGAUUUUAAAAAAAGGUUCGGAGGUGAUGAACUGAGUUUCAGUCAUCAUGUGUACAGAGAGAGAAGAGGUCGUAGUUUUCAGACUGAGACAGAGAAGGUGCUAAGUUAUUACAACAAAAAAAAGUGUCAUUUUUUAAAGCUCAUUUCAGCCUGAUGGAUGUGAAGAUUCAGUAUUUGGGUUUAAAGUUUUAACCCAGUUCAAAUAUGCUUGAAAAGCAUGUAUGAUGUUACUACUAUUGCCAAGUACAUUUGUACACAGUAUGAGUGUUAUAAUUAAAUAUGUCUUUAAU